AUAGCUUUCUUUUCAAGUACAGACCCUUAUAUACCCAGUUCAUGAGUUCACUAGGUUCACCUAUUCCUGAUGAUAUUCCCCUUAGGUCGCCCUUACGAUUGAAAAAUCGGUGUUAUGGCGGCCAAUGGGGCAUGAACAUGCUUAAUGCCAGGAUACAAAACAAACAUCGACAACAAGAGUCAAUAACUUCCAUUUCGACAUUUGAUUCUAUGAAUAGCGACAGUUCAUUUGAGAUGCCCUCUGGUUCAAGUUCGAUAUUUUCUGUUGAUCGAAGUCUGCACAAGAUAAAUGAUCUAGAUAACAAUGACAAUGACAAGGAGCAAGAAGAAGAAGAAGAAGAAGAAGACACGGAGUUUUUGGAUGCUAUUGCAGAUGCAGAGAUAUAUUCUAUUGACGGUAUAGAAACGAUAGUUGGAGUUUAUUGCUUAUCAGCUACGGAGUUUGAACAUAAUAGAAAUAUAACAAGACUAUCAUAUGUGGAAAUUUGACGAGAGUAGUAGCAGGUGGCAGACUUGAUAAUUUAUUUUUACUGGAUCACGGACGUUUUUUUGGAUCAUCAUUUUGGUUAUGGAUAUCAUAUGGUUUGUAGUGAGUUGCUGACUGACUGGGGGUAAUCACUACAACCCUCAAAUUUUAAUUUUCUAUAUUAUUCGACUUUAUUAAUUUUUCGAUGCAACACCAUGCACGUUGCUGCAGAUCAUGGGCUUGUUGAACCACCCGAUCAGAUGGUUCUUUCUGGAAAUGCACAUGACAAGCCGUCUUGAAGAUGAUUAGUCACACAGAAGAACUGUUGGUUUCAGCUAAGUCAUUAUAUACUUUUGAUAAUAUACGCAUUUUUUAGCUUUAAUAAUCUACACACUUUCUUUUACUUGUUGAUAACAUCCAC